UCCAACUCCAAACGGUUGAAGGGUGGCAGUAAAACCAACAGUCCAACCGCAUUGGGCCGACUCUCCGCGGCGGUUUUGCGGGGCAAACCUUUCAAUACCAGCUUAAAUACCAGGGCUGACCAGGCGAGCUCGUAACGAAAGUGACCCAGAGCGUUGGGUCACCGUAGUUGUUGAUGAUCAGCCGAGUUGGAAUAAUCUCAAGUUGCCUUGGUAGGGACAUCAAGGACAAACAUCUAUCAAGAUGGGCACCUUGAAGGUUUGUCGCGGUAUAGCACCCUUGCAUAUCCAACGGCAUACCCUAAGCCGAACAAGGCAUGGCAUAACUUGCCACUCUGCCAACGGUGGUUCGGCACUAUCCAGUAUCAACCAAUUGGCCAACAGGCCUUCUCUCGGGGCAAGUUUCACGCGACUCUGGGAACGUGCCGCAUUCUCUCGUCAUGGCAAAGUAUCAUUACGCUCUUUUUGCGGAUAUCAUGUAUCCUCGGGUUCCUACAGCAAAGUCACAUCGCCCUCUUUGAUGGAUACCAUUAUCCUUGCCCUCCACGCGACGACCCUGCAGCUGGACUCGAACAGACAAAGCCCCUCUGGAGCUCCAUCCAGCCAUGACAGACACAAUGGAGUGCCCCUUUUGUGGCUGGAAGACCAAAGAGGGCGAGUAUCAAAUGCUGCUUCACAUGGAAACGCUGCACGCUGAAGGAGAACCGCCCUUUCUUGCUGCUGCUGAUCAAGACCGCACCUCCCCUUCUCCAAAUAGUAAUGGCACUGCCAACACGGGCAAUGACGACGAUCCAGGAUACGUCGAGUGCCCGGUUGAAGGGUGUGGAGAAUUUCUUCUUCUCAGCCAGGUGGAAUAUCACUUAGAACUCCAUACCACCGAGGAGACCGACGUCCAUGAUUAUCACCCUCCUCCACCAGACCCUAUCACAGCCGUGUCAGAACCUACUGCAUCAUCAUCACCCUUAUCAAACGCUCCUGAAUCAGUAUCAAAAUCAUCUCACAAGGCCUCGGAGCCAAGUACACGCCACUCCAAGGCGAUAUCAGCGUGGAAAAGACUCCUGAAAAUGCCUAGUUCCUCUUCAUAUUCACAUCGUAUUCUAUGGCGUCGCCAUGAUUCUAAGACGUCUGGCGAUUCCGAGAGUAAAACGCGCGGGACGCGGUUGGGUAGGAAGCAUCUCGGUAGAUAUGCGCACGAAGACCGAAUGCCAGACUGGCUUGCGGAUCUUUUACGGAAAAAGGGACAAGUCCAAACAGCUGGCGUAGUCCCGGUCCUAGCCCAACUCCUCGAAUCCUCCCUCUCCACCCACCACGCCUACCUCUGCCACCCCUGCGUCCACCACAUCUCCAAGCUCAAGCGCGAAGGCGGCUUCUGCGGCUACCGCAACAUCCAAAUGCUCUGCUCCUACCUAACCCAACCCCCCCAAUCAACCACCAUCCCCAACGCCCACAAGCUAGCCUCCCAAAUCCCAACAAUCUUCCAAAUCCAAGACUACAUCGAGGCGGCCUGGGACAACAACAUCUCCGCCACGGGCCGCGCCGAAACAGGCGGGAUACGCAACACGAGAAAGUACAUUGGCACCCCCGAGGCAGUGGCCAUGUUUAGGUACUUGGGCGUCCCGUUUGCUGCCCAGUCGAUCAAGGACAAGUCCCCCGCCAAGGCGGUCGAGAUGCUGCUGAGGACGGUGGAGGAGUACUUUAGGUCAGAUGACAAGGCGAUAGUGAGGGGAGAAGGGGGCAAGGUGAGGUUGACGGGGUUGCCGCCGUUGUAUUUUCAGCAUUUGGGGCAUUCGAUGACUAUUGUUGGGUUUGAGAGGGGGGCGGGGACGGGGGAGGGGAGGCUGUUGGUUUUCGAUCCGCAUUUUAAGGAUUGUUAUCAGGUUUUGGGGAUGGUGGGGAUAAACAAUAACAGUAAUAAUAUUGGCGAUGGGAAGAGGGGGGCGGGGGUGGUGCCGGUGAGGUAUCCUUAUCCGGAUGGGGCGCUGAAGGGGUAUAGGAGAGGUGGGGGGUAUUUGGGGGAUUUUAAAGAGUUUGAGCUUUUGAAGUGGGUUGGACUAAAUUGUUGAUGAUGUUGAUGAUGAUUGGCGCUGACGAGAAAUAGGCUUCUUCCUGGGGCGGUGCCUGUGGGGGGAUAGGGAAAUACACAGGGCGAGAUGCUUCAUGGUUACGAGACGACAGAGGAGGAUACAGCGGUGGUGUGGGCAGGGUUCCGCGUUAGGAAAAAGGUGGCGGACAAGGUCGAAAAGACGCUUGAGACUCUUUUUGGUGAGAUGUCGACGUACCCGGUUCACCCCCAGCGGCCACGUGGAGGAGGAAGAGGAGGUAGGAGAGGAAGGAGAGGACGAGGGCAUGGAGCGUACUGAUGGUUAUCAGUGGGACAAGCGUGUAUUCAUACUGCUGUGGUAUUCUUGGCUAUAUUUCAGGGAUAUCAUUUCCAUGAGCCACUUUAGCCCAGAUAGGUAGCGAACAUGGUUCAGUAGCACUAGUUUAUCACAUUGCGCUUGAAACAAGAGUGCUAUGCUAGGCGGUAUUAGGAGGGAAAGGGGGAGAUAGAAAUAGAGAUGGUCCAAGAGAUCGAGAUGGCAGCCGGGCCUUCUUGGAUGUUAGAGGGCCUUAUCAGACAUGUAGAGC